CUUGGUUGUGAGGGCAGUGGUGGUGUGGCAGUAGCUACCUUGUGCUGUAAUAUGGAUUUCAUGUGUACACAUUUUUGUCUUGGCUUGUUCCGAGACAGUAUUUCUAUUUAGUUUACAAGUUUGACAACAUAGCCGGGUGGCCCAAUUCUGCCUCUGUAAUACUGUAAAACUACAUCGUUUGAGGACUUGCUAGCAAGGUAAGAAGCUAGCUAGUCUUGCUAGGGAUCUUCAUAAAUUUGGAAUUGGAAUAUUAUUCCAUCUUCGAUGGAGGGAUCUUCAAAAGAAGGUGACCUGUUUACUGUGAAACACGAGCUGAAAAACGCCAAUCUGACAGGCCAUGUGGAGAGGGUGGGCAUUGAGAACUUUGAGCUGCUGAAGGUGCUGGGCACAGGAGCUUACGGCAAGGUGUUCCUGGUGCGCAAAGUCAGCGGGCACGAUGCGGGGACGCUGUAUGCCAUGAAGGUGCUGAAGAAGGCCACCAUCGUACAGAAGGCCAAGACGGCAGAGCACACGCGCACCGAGAGACAGGUGCUGGAGCACAUCCGGCAGUCUCCCUUCCUGGUCACCCUGCACUACGCCUUCCAGACAGACACCAAGCUGCACCUCAUCCUGGAUUAUGUGAACGGUGGGGAGCUUUUCACACACUUGGUUCAGAGGGUUCGCUUCAAGGAGCAGGAAGUGGCUCUUUACAGUGGAGAGAUCGUGUUGGCGCUGGAGCACUUACACCAGCUGGGGAUUGUGUAUCGAGACCUGAAGCUGGAGAACAUCUUGAUGGAUUCCAGCGGGCACGUUGUACUCACAGAUUUCGGCCUCAGCAAAGAGUUUGAUGACGUGGAGAGAGCCUACUCUAUCUGUGGUACCAUUGAAUACAUGGCCCCAGAGAUAGUGGAGGGGGGGGAGUCUGGUCAUGACAAGGCGGUGGAUUGGUGGAGCCUUGGCGUGCUGAUGUACGAGCUCAUGACGGGCGGAUCGCCGUUCACUGUUGACGGAAACGAGAACUCCCACACAGACAUCGCCAAGAGAAUCUCCAAGAAGGACCCUCCGUUCCCCAAAGACAUGGGCCCGCUGGCCAAAGACCUCAUCCAGCGCCUCCUCGUCAAGGACCCGAAGAACCGGCUCGGCUCGGGCCCCUGUGGAGCGGAGAACGUGAAGAAACACCCCUUUUACCAGAAGAUCAACUGGGAGGACCUGGCGGCCAAGAGGGUCCCCGCCCCCUUCAAGCCGGUGAUCCGGAACGAGCUGGACGUCAGUAACUUUGCGGAGGAGUUCACGGAGAUGGACCCCACCUACUCCCCCGCAGCCCUGCCCCAGAACUGUGACCGCAUCUUCCAGGGCUACUCCUUCAUGGCUCCCUCCAUCCUGUUCAAGAGGAACGCGGUUAUGGACGCGCCGGCUCAGAUGUGCGGGGGUUCUGACAGGCCCGGCUCGGCCGCCGUCGCCCGCAGCGCCAUGAUGAAGGACUCUCCCUUCUACAUGAACUACGAGAUGGACCUGAAGGAGAGCGCCCUGGGAGAAGGCAGCUUCUCCAUCUGCAGGGGCUGCACUCACAAGAAGACCGGCCAGAAGUACGCCGUGAAGAUCGUCUCCAAGCGGAUGGAGGCCCAGACGCAGAAGGAGAUCGCAGCUCUGAAGCUCUGCGACGGCCACCCCAACAUCGUCAAGCUGCACGAGAUCUACCACGACCAGCUGCACACCUACCUGGUGCUGGAACUGCUGGGAGGCGGGGAGCUGCUGGAGAGGAUCCGUAGGAAGCAGCACUUCAGCGAGACGGAGGCCAGCCGCAUCAUGAGAAGGCUGCAGUCGGCCGUCAGCCACAUGCACGACGUGGGCGUGGUGCACAGGGACCUCAAGCCAGAGAACCUGCUGUUCACGGACGACACGGAGAACUCGGAGAUCAAGAUCAUAGACUUUGGCUUCGCGCGCCUCAAGCCUCCUGACAACCAGCUGCUGCAGACGCCGUGCUUCACCUUGCAGUACGCCGCCCCUGAGAUCCUCAACGACGACGGCUACGACGAGUCCUGCGACCUGUGGAGCCUGGGGGUCAUCCUGUACACCAUGCUGUCAGGCCAGGUGCCCUUCCAGUGCCAGGGCGCGCGCACCAGCGCUGAGGAGAUCAUGAAGAAGAUCAAGCAGGGCGACUUCUCCUUCCACGGCGAGGCCUGGAGGAACGUGUCCCAGCAGGCCAAGGACCUCAUCCAGGAGCUGCUGACGGUGGACCCGGACAAGAGGAUCAAGAUGUGCAGCCUGCGUUACAACGCCUGGUUGCAGGACGACAGCCAGCUGUCCUCCAAUCCCCUGAUGACCCCUGACAUCCUGGGCUCCUCCACAGCCUCCGUCCACACCUACGUCAACGCCACCUUCAACGCGUUCAACAAGUGCAAACGGGAGGGCUUCCGCCUGCAGACGGUGGACAAGGCGCCCCUGGCCAAGAGGAGGAAGAUGAAGAAGACCAGCACCAGCACGGACACCCGCAGCAGCUCCAGCGAGAGCACCCACUCCUCCUCCUCCUCCUCCCAGUCCCAGGAGAAGACCUCCCCAGGCGGGGAGGCUGCCCCCCAGCCCUCUGGCAGCACCCCCGGGGGCAUGCCCCUAGCCCUGGCCAUAGACCCCGACCAUCUUCCGCCCCCGGCCCCCCGCGACCUUUGA